GUUUUGUAAGUUAAAUAAAUUAAAUUUCUAUUUCUAUAUUGGGAUUGUUAAAACAACAUUAUGGAGUAUAUAAUGUUUCUUUAACUUAUGCUGAAACCUUUUGUGCCUCUUUGGGUUUUGAUCUCCCGCCAUAAAACUGGCUCGCAAUGUGAACUGUUGUUUUGUUUACUUAGUUAAUUUUAUGCCAACUUUAUACUUAUAAUGGAUAAGCCUGUUAAUAUAACUCAAAUUAUUGAACAACAAAGACUUGGUUAUUUUGUACCAAAACAAGUUGACAUUGCUUAUAACAAGCUGAAAUGUACUGUAAAUGAUGUGGAUUUUUUUGAUGGCUUUGUUGGAGAGUCAUUUUGCCCAGUAUUUGCCUGCAAAUUUUGCCAUGUUAAGAAAUAUGAACAUUUAGUGGCAGCUGCUAAUGAAGAUGGAAAAAUAUCAAUUAGCAAUACUAAAUCAUCUAAAAAUGACAAAGUGCUCUCAAGUUUUCAAGCUCACGACAAUGCUAUUUUUGAUAUUGCUUGGACCAAUUAUGAUACCCAACUUAUUACCGCUUCAGGCGAUCACUCUUCGACUUUAUGGCAGGUGUCAGAAGGAACAGUUCAAUCACUCCUUCAGUUUCAUGGUCAUCAACACAGUGUGAAAAUUAUAACUUGUCGACCUGAUGAUCGUUAUACAUUUGCCACUGGUGCUCGUGAUGGAGCACUAUUGGUUUGGGAUACUCGUGUACCAGACUUAGUAACUGAAGUGAAACCAGAUGUAUCAAUCAAUUUUGCUCAUGAAGCACAAAGGUUUUUGAAACAUCGGAAGGUCGGUUCACAAACAAAUAGUAUUACUGGCUUAGUGUAUCAAGAUGAUAAUACACUUAUUUCUUGCUCAGCUGGUAAUGGUCUUAUUAAAAUUUGGGACAUGAGGAAAACAUAUUCUUACAGCAAGAGACUUCCUCAGGCAAAAUUUGUCAUUCCUUAUAGUGGCACAUCAGGAAGAAAUGGAUAUUCAAGUCUUUCAAUAAGUCCGUGCAGACUUCGCCUUUAUGGGAAUUGUAUUGAUAACAAGUUAUAUUGUUACAAUAUUGGGACAUAUAGUGAAAAACCAAUUUCCAUUUAUUCAGGACAUCGCGUAUCUAGCUUUUAUAUCAAGAACUGUGUCAGUCCAGAUGGACGUUAUGUCGCUAGCGGUUCAAAUGAUGGAAAAGCUUAUAUCUGGUCUGUUUCAAAUCCGUCCGUUCCUUUAGUUUCUUUGAGUGGACAUAAUGCAGAAGUAACUGGUGUGGACUGGUGCAAGGAAGGUGAACCAAAGAUAGUUACCUGUUCUGACGAUGCCACAUAUCGUAUAUGGCGUGUUUAUCCUCAAGAAUUUGACUGUCACGACCCUACUCUACGCGGAUGGGCAGAGAGAUACAGGAUUAGAGAAAUAUGCCCUUCGAGGAAUUCAUUAAAAAGGAAAUUCUAUUGCAGUAGACAUAUUGACUUAGUCCCUAGACAUGAUGUGGAAAUGAGGAGGUUCGUUAAUGAUGAAGUAAAGCAAGUAGAGAAGAAACCUUGUUUAAACAAUUCUUUAGACUUGUCAAGCCUUACAGCUGAUCUCCCUAAUUAUGUUGUGGAUGGUGUUUCUCCGCAUGUACACCACUGCAGAUCUUCUCCCAAAGUCAAGGAUGCUAAUUGGUUGGAAAAAUUGAAACAGAAAGCUGCCGAUACCAGCAAAAAAUCUCAAGAAAGUAGCAGCCCAGCUCGCAGAAAGUCUAGUCAGAAGAAUAGUGCUAAAGGAAGUAUUCUUCGUUUCUUCAAAGUCUCAACUCGUCAGCCAACGUGUGAACAGGCUAGUAACUCAACACCUGAAACCAAAAGUAUUACCAAAUCAGUAAAUUUGCCUUCCUAA